UGGAGGAGGACGCCGCCGCUCCGCGCAGCUCUCCGACCGUCUCCUCUCGUUCUCCCAGCGGGCGUCGGUCAGCAGAAAGCCGGAGGGAUGGAGCCAGCGGGCGCGUACGGCGCCGGGAAGGCCGGGAGCGUCGCCUUCGAUCCGGUCGCCUUCUUCACGCAUCCCCGGACCAUCCUCAGACUGAUGUCGUGGGUUUUCUCCAUGGUGGUGUUCAGCUGCAUCGUGAACGAGGGCUACAUCAACAUCGGCAGCGAGCGUUUGCUCUGCGUCUUCAACAACAAUGCAGACGCCUGUAACUACGGUGUUACUGUGGGAGUGGCGUGUUUCCUCGGCAGCAUCUUUUUCCUCAUCCUGGAUGUUUAUUUUCCCUCCAUCAGCAGUGUCAAGGACAGAAGACGCGCUGUCCUGCUGGACCUUGUCUUCUCUGGUCUUGCCAGCUUCCUGUGGUUUGUUGGCUUCUGUUUUCUGGCCAAUCAGUGGCAGGCUACCUCUCCAGACGAGCUGCCAUUGGCCCAGGGCUCAGACGCUGCCCGAGCCACCAUCGCUUUCUGCUUCUUCUCCAUCCUUACCUGGGCUGUACUGACCCUGAGUGCACUGCGGCGCUUCUUAACUGGCAGCAACACAAACUUGUUCACAUGGCAACACCUGGAUCAAGCUCCCAGCAACGCUCGAGCUACACCGUACCCCAUCGCCAAUGGAGCUACCAUAGUGACCACCAACCCCUAUCAAGCCCCGCCCUUUACUGAAACCCUGGACCCCCAGAAACUCACACAGCAGAGACCCAUGGCUCCUGCCUUUUAGAGAUAGACACAGACAGACAGACAGAAAGAGGUGUGAGUUGAACGCCUACGACGCAGGCAUGGACAACUUCCUGCCUUGCUGAUUAGCGGCUUUCCAUCCUCUCCUGGGAUUGGCGGGAUUUUGGGUCAUGUGAUGUACGAUCUGUUUUCACCAUGGCAACUGCUGGCUCAGCUUAGUUAGUUGUAACUCUCUUUGUCAAGAAUACUGUCUUCUGCUCAUGUACACAGAUAUCGACGCACGCAAACACAGCUGUACUCUCUCACACCUGGAAACAGAUACACAUGUACACCUGGAAACACGUGUAUAUACACCUGGAAGUUCACACACACACAUACACACCUUGACUGCAUGUUCAUAUGGUGAGGUGCAGAUUAACAUAGAUGUAGAUCAGUAAUGAUGCUCCAUCUGCCUUAUAAAGGGACACAAGGUCUUUAGUUAAGAAAAUAUGGAGGACAGUGAUGCUGUGUAGCUCUGUUGAUCUUCUCCUGUUUGCCCUCAGUCAGUCUGACCAAUCACAAGCUGCCUUGCAGACCUGUGGCCUCUCAUUGGCUGAAAUUGAGACAGACGGGCAGCUUGACCAAUAGAUUGUGAGGAACCGAGUGAGGAUGGCAGAACCUGUAGAAAUUGGUACAUUUUCUUGGCAAGGAAAUAAAGGCAGGAUAGCUUAAUGCAUUCUGAAUGCUAUAGUGUUUCAGUGUGAAAUAUUCAUGUGAUUAAAUAUUUUAUUGUGAUAUGCUGA